AUGAACGAGGCGAACCCCAGCAUGGAGCUGUUAUCCGUCGACCCCCGUAGCCAUGCAUACGAGCCGUCCUCCCGGUCCUCCAGCUCCUCGGGCUCCUCAAGAGGGGCCAAAGAUGAAGGCUCCUCUCUGUCGUUUCAAGACCAAGGAAACUCUGGCCCUUCCGACGACGACAGAGACGCUCUUCUCCAGAAUCGUUCCUCCUCGCUGCGACCACACGUCAAAAGGCCGUUUGCGCCUUUAACCCGACGACUGCCCAGUGGUUGGCGUUUUGGGGUAACGGUUGGUGCCGCGUUGAGUGUGUGCACUCUGAUCACCAAUGUCGUCGCCCUCGCCGUCACAUCCUCGAUGGCCGACCGCGCAUACGGCCAUCAAUCGAGCGUUGCGACCAUCCGGAAGGGCGACUGCUCCGAGAUGGAACAUCUCCAGCUCGGUAUCCAUCUGGCCAUCAACAUCGUCAGCACCCUGCUGCUCGGUGCGAGCAACUACUGCAUGCAGUGUCUCUCCGCCCCCACUCGAGCAGACGUCGACCGCGCCCAUCGCAGAGCCACGUGGCUCGACAUCGGCGUGCCCAGCUUGAAAAACUUCCAAUUCAUCAGGCCCAUCAAAAUCCUGUUCUGGUGUCUGUUGGCGCUAUCCUCGGUGCCGCUACACCUUCUAUACAACUCAACCUUUUUUCUGUCCAUUACAAACAAUUCUUACGAAGUCUAUUUUGCCACCGAAGAUUUCCAAAGAGAUGGCUGGUUUGACACGCACGCCUUCCUCUCGGAUGAUAGAAGCAUUGCCGUAGCGACGACCAACGGCACCCAGGGCAAUGUUUCUGGACUGUAUCCGUACAUGCCCCCCUAUCACAUCCAGUCCAGGAUUAAGGACCUUGGAGUGUCAGAGAAUGGAUCCUUUUUCGAACGCCUCGAGAAUGCCGACUGUAUCCAGGAAUACGCCAAGACCCCCCUUCACGAUCGCCGCAACCUUGUCCUUGUCACCUCUACUUUGCCUCGAGAAAACCAGCAGAUGGACAUGGUUGUGGAAGACUCGUAUAUGCCAGACUCCAACUUGUCCUCCAAGUGUGAAAGCAACUCGUCGUUGCCCAUAGUCUCCAUAGACGAUCGCCUGGUGAGUUGCGCUGACAAUUCGACUCUUUUGUCCAUCAGCCCCUAUACCAGUUAUACUGUAGCUUCGUCGAGCGACGGAUACUCCGUCACCAACUGGUUCAACUGGAUGUGUUCCCAGAACUCGAGCUAUACGUGGGACGAAUCUCGACACAUAUCCCUGUGCAAGGACGGAUAUUGGCAACAGGUCAGAUCGAACGCCUCUGAAUGGACUGUUUGGGGAUUCAAGAUCGACUACUGCAUCAGCGAAAAGAUGGAGAAUGGAUGUGCUCUGAACGUUGCGAAAAACCUGUUGAUCGUCGUCAUCGUAUUCAACGCAGUCAAAUCCGUCGUACUCAUCACCGUUGCCCUGAAAAUCACUGACAGCCCGUUGAUCACCAUCGGCGACGCGGCAGCAUCUUUCAUCCGGGACCGUGACCCAACAACCAGGGGGAUGUGUCUGCUCACAAAGGCAGAUUUCUCCCAACCUUCCACAAAAGCCGCGAGACUCUCGCGCAAACCGCUUCCUCCCAGGGUAUAUGAACCGGGAAGGAAGCGGAAGGGCUUAGCCGCAGGAAAAACUCGAUGGGCCCUCGCCGGUACUUUAUAUCUCAUCUGCCUGACAGCAGUCCUCGGCCUCCUCGGCUACGGCGUGCAGCAGCUGAAGACAAAGUACGACCGCGGCGACUUCGCCUCCCUCUGGGAGCUCGGCCUCGGCACCGCGGGGCCCUACAACCUGAUAACGGGGUGGCGGCUGCCGUCCUCCGGCGACGCCGCCAUCGUCUCGACCGUGCUCAUCGCCAACCUGCCGCAGGCCCUCCUCUCCGCCGUCUACUUCCUCGCCAACGCCCUCGUCACCAACCUCUCCCUCGCCGCCGAGUGGUCGCGCUACGCCGCGCGCCGCGCCGCGCUGCGCGUCUCCCACCCGGCCCGCGGCUCCGCCCAGCGCUCCACCUACUUCCUGCAGAUCCCCUACCGCCUCGCCCUCCCCCUCGCCCUCUUCUCCAGCCUCCUCCACUGGCUCGUCUCCCAGAGCAUCUUCAUCGUCAAGGUCGACGGCGCGGACCCCGCCGGCGGCACCGACCCCUGGCACGUCGCGUCCUCCGCGUCCGGCUCCGACGCCGUCAGCACCGUCACCUGCGGCUACUCGCCCGUCGGCAUGAUGGCGACGGCCCUCGCCGCCGUGCUGCUCGUCGCCUUCGCCGCCGCGCUGGGCGCACGCAGGCUCGCGCCGGGGGUGCCGCUCGCCGGCAGCUGCAGCGCCGCCAUCGCCGCGGCGUGUCACGCGCCGGAGGGCGCGGACGAGGCGCGGCCGCUCAUGUGGGGCGUCGUGCCCGGCGUCGAGUUCGACGGUCAGCAGACGUCGACGGGAGGAGGAGGGCAUGAUGCCGUCAAGGUGGGGCAUUGCGCGCUUUCGGACGGGCCGGUGGAUAUGCCUGUGGCGGGGAAUAUGUAUGCGUGA